AUGAGCAUCUUGAAGAAGUUUAAACUCUACGUAGAAGACAACUGGAACAAGUGUGACGUGGUGGCCAUCUUGCUCUUCGUAGCUGGAGUGUCUUGCAGGAUGGCGACUGACACCUAUGAGGCCGGACGAACGGUCCUGGCCAUAGAUUUCAUGGUCUUCACUCUUCGAUUGAUCCACAUCUUUGCCAUUCACAAGCAGCUGGGUCCCAAGAUCAUCAUUGUGGAAAGAAUGAUGAAGGACGUUUUCUUCUUCCUCUUCUUCCUGAGUGUGUGGCUCAUUGCUUAUGGGGUGGCCACUCAGGCCCUCCUCCAUCCCAACGACCCCAGGAUCGACUGGGUGUUCCGCAGGGCUCUGUACCGCCCCUAUUUGCACAUUUUUGGCCAGAUCCCCUUGGAGGAAAUAGAUGCUGCUCGGUUCCCUGAGAUUAACUGCACCAACGAUUCUGAGGAGAUCAUCAUGGGCCUGAGGCCGCCCUGUCCCAAUGUCUACGCUAACUGGCUGGUCAUUCUGUUGCUGGUCAUCUUCCUCCUCGUCACCAACGUCCUGUUGCUCAACCUCCUCAUCGCCAUGUUUAGGAUGGCGACUGACACCUAUGAGGCCGGACGAACGGUCCUGGCCAUAGAUUUCAUGGUCUUCACUCUUCGAUUGAUCCACAUCUUUGCCAUUCACAAGCAGCUGGGUCCCAAGAUCAUCAUUGUGGAAAGAAUGAUGAAGGACGUUUUCUUCUUCCUCUUCUUCCUGAGUGUGUGGCUCAUUGCUUAUGGGGUGGCCACUCAGGCCCUCCUCCAUCCCAACGACCCCAGGAUCGACUGGGUGUUCCGCAGGGCUCUGUACCGCCCCUAUUUGCACAUCUUUGGCCAGAUCCCCUUGGAGGAAAUAGAUGGUAAACUACAGUAA